CCCAGCCUCUUUUAAAAAAAAAGUUUUCUUAAUCCUAACUUAUCUCCUCAACGCCACCCCAGGUACAUAACCACUCUCCCCCGGUGUCCUUUCACCCUCCCCUCUCCGGUCCGAUCUCCGCACUCUCCUCCCUCCCCUCUUUAUCUAAUCGCCAGAUUAGACACAGCCAGACCGCCACGCCACCAGCACAAGAAACCCCAACCAGCACCAGAUUUCCCCUCCCACGCCGGAGAAAAGUCAAAACAAUUUUCUAAUCAAAUAUCUUUCAAGAGAAAAAAAAAAGGGAAAAAGGCAGUGAUCAAAAUGUCCUCCGUCGCCCAGAAACGUCUCUUCCACGAAUACAAAAACCUCUCCACCAACCCCCCCGAGGGCAUCACCGCCGGCCCCGUCACCGAAGAUGACAUGUUCCACUGGGAAGCACUGAUCCAGGGACCCGAAGGUACACCCUUUGAGGGCGGCGUGUUUGCGGCCGAGUUGAAGUUUCCCAAAGAUUAUCCGCUUAGUCCGCCGACGAUGAAGUUUGUGGGUGGUGGGGUUUGGCAUCCUAAUGUCUACCCCAACGGAACCGUGUGCAUCUCCAUCCUCCAUCCCCCCGGUGACGACCCCAACCAUUACGAACAUGCUUCGGAGCGGUGGUCGCCUAUUCAGAGCGUGGAGAAGAUUCUCAUUUCUGUUAUGAGUAUGUUGGCGGAGCCGAAUGAUGAGUCUCCAGCGAAUGUUGAGGCCGCGAAGAUGUGGAGGGAGCGGAGGGGGGAGUAUGAGCGGAAGGUGAGGGAUGAGGUUCGGAAGGGAUUGGGGUUGUGAAGAAACCCCCCCUCCUUGGUUAAAAUGUGGUGAUGGGUAGGGGGUUUCGCUCGUAUAUAAGUACCUGGUUGGUGGGCUGGCUGCUCGCUGUCUUGUUUAUACUCUUGUGUCGUGGAGGAAUUGUGGCAUAGCUUGGAAGCUGGAUGGAUGAUUGGAUGGAUGGAUGGAUGCAUUGUUUGUUUGGGUUGGCGUUGUGGUAUGUUCACUCUCUUUCAUUAUUUUAUUCUUAUAUAUCUUUCCUGGGGUAGAUGCAUGGUCGGGAAUGCAUAGAUGCUUUGUUUAGUAUAUAUCGUUAUUUCGUCGUUAUAAUGGCUUAAGCCAUGAAUAUGUCCUACCUACCUACUACUCAG